AUGAACGGUGUUAGUGGCUCUGCGUCGCAGCACGGGGCCAGCUCCAAUGCGGGCAGCGCGCGCGACGAUUCGACUAUCGUCGGGCUUCACUACCGGAUCGGCAAAAAAAUCGGCGAGGGCUCUUUCGGAGUCCUUUUCGAGGGAACCAACAUGAUUAACGGCGUUCCCGUCGCGAUUAAGUUCGAGCCCCGCAAAUCCGAGGCGCCACAGCUCAAGGACGAGUAUCGAACUUACAAGAUUCUCGCGGGCACUUCUGGAAUUCCGCAGGCGUACUAUUUCGGGCAAGAGGGCCUCCACAACAUCCUGGUGAUUGAUCUGUUGGGUCCCUCUCUGGAAGACUUGUUCGACUGGUGUGGCCGUCGGUUCUCGGUCAAGACCGUGGUGCAAGUCGCGGUCCAAAUGAUCACAUUGAUAGAGGACCUACAUGCGCACGACCUCAUUUACCGCGACAUCAAGCCGGACAACUUUUUGGUCGGAAGGCCGGGCCAUCCAGAUGAAAACAAAGUUCAUUUGAUUGAUUUCGGUAUGGCCAAACAAUAUCGUGACCCCAAGACAAAGCAACACAUUCCUUAUCGUGAGAAAAAAUCCUUGAGCGGAACUGCUAGAUACAUGUCGAUCAACACUCAUUUGGGACGCGAACAAUCGCGCAGGGACGAUAUGGAGGCGCUGGGUCACGUCUUUUUCUACUUCUUGAGAGGCCAACUUCCUUGGCAAGGUCUAAAAGCGCCCAACAACAAACAGAAAUACGAGAAAAUUGGCGAGAAAAAAAGAGUCACCAAUGUGUACGACUUGGCCCAAGGAUUACCUGUUCAGUUUGGUCGUUAUUUGGAAGUGGUUCGCGGAUUGGGAUUUGAGGAAACUCCCGACUACGAAGGGUACCGGAAAUUGUUGCUCUCCAUCCUAAACGACAUGGGUCAAGAAGCUGACGGUGAUUAUGACUGGAUGAAAUUGAAUGGUGGACGCGGUUGGGAUUUGAGCAUUAACAAGAAACCAAACUUACAUGGUUAUGGGCACCCAAAUCCACCUAAUGAAAAGGCCAGACGACACAGAAACAAAUACAACCAGCAACAACCACUAGAUGGGCCUACCCCUUUGCGCUAUCAACCGCAGAAUCAUCAGAAUAGCCAACACCAGCAAUCUCAACAACAACCACAGCAGCAGCAGCAGCAGCAGCAGCAGCAACAACAAGCCCAGCAACAACAGCAACAGCUUUCACAACACGACACGCCUAUCAACGGUUCUCAACAGCAGUUGCAAAACAGACUCGACCCGACUUCGUAUGAAGCCUAUCAACAACAGACUCAGCAAAAAUAUGCUCAACACCACCAGAAACUUCAACAACAACGCCGCAUGCACAAUUUCUCCAAUCAGCAACCAUCGCAGCCCUACCGCUCUCAGCAACCGCCAACUGUAAAGCAGCAUUUGCAGUCGUCCGGUGCCAAUAACGUCGACGUGAUGGAUCAUCGUUCUGCAGCAUCCGGGAAGGGCUUUUUCAGUAAAAUGGGGUGCUGUUGA